CGCCCAUUUAGCUGCUGUUCCUCGCAUUUUCUUACCUUUCCAGUUUCCAGUCGUCUCGCGUAGCCAGCUUUCUAGUGGUGGGGUCUACCUAAAGUUUAAUGUCCUCUUGUUGCCAGAGACUAUCACAAGUCGUUCCUUUGGACCAAUCCAGUAUUGCUACCAUGGCAACAGAUCAGCCAAUCACCUUUUCAGUAUCACUUGAUCAGUCUCAUCAUCAGAUGAUAAUGGAUGAAAGAGCUGAUGGGUUUACGUCGAAUCAUGAAGACUAUGAAUUCUUUCAGUCAAUUGGUAUUGGUUGUUAUGGUAUUGCUAAUAUUCAAUUAUCGAGACACAAACCAACCAACAGGAUCAUUGUCGUCAGACAGUUUGAUUUGGAGUCUCUUGAUACAGACAAACUAGAAGAAGUACAAAAUGAAAUGAAAUAUUCAUCUUUACUGUCUCAUCCUAACAUUCUCUCCUACCAUUGCUCCUUUGUCUCAGAUACAUUACUGUGGGCCAUCCAGCCACUAAUGCACUAUGGAUCAUGUGCUGAUUUAAUGCAUUCUGCUCAAUCAUUUUGCAAUGGGUUUCGUGAGAACGUCAUCGUACUGGUUAUUUAUGUUAGAGCCAAACAUUUCCGGAUACACGAGGGUGGAAGGGUUAAACUCUCCGGUAUCAGAAACCUUACCUCUACCAUGGACAGUGGAGCAAGGAAAAGAGCUUUGCAUGGUCAUUUCCAGUCAACUGGUGACAACAUUUGCUGGCUUGCUCCAGAAGUACUGGCCCAGGAUUUGUUUGGAUAUACUUAUAAAUCGGACAUAUACAGUAUUGGAAUCGCGGCCCUUGAAUUGGCUACAGGGGAAGCCCCGUUUGCUGGCCUACCACUAACUGAAAUAAUGAUGCUGAAAUUACGGGGGCAUCCUCCAAUGCUGAUGAGAAGACAUGAAAACGUCGACCCCAUUCAAGACUACUCAAAAACAUUUUUUAAAGUUGUGGAUAUGUGUGUCGACCCGAACCCUCUAAAAAGACCCAAUACGACUAAACUGUUAUCUCUGAGUUUCCUAAAAUCAUCAAGGAAGAAGUCAUCAGUUAUACACAGCUCUUUAAAAGAUUUAUUGCUGCCAGUUGUUCCAUUGAAUACUGAGAGUCUAUCUCCUCCUGCUCCUCUUCAUGAUCAACCUCCUCCUCCUCCUCCUUCAAAUAACACUGCAGUAGCUUCAACUCCAGUUGAUCCUCCAUUCAGAGCACUAACACUAGAUGAACCAUGGCUCAUAUAACACACACAGUAGCUAUACAUACACACAUACAUGUACAUAUAUACACUGACAGAUAUAUUGUUUAUGUCUUUGGUCUGCCAUUGGGUGGAAGGUGCUCAUUUCUUAAGGUGCAAAUUAUGCAGUGAA